CUGUUUACAAACUGUCCUGCGUUUACAGAGUGUGGGUGGAGUGAGGAGUCAAACCUCCCAUUUCUCUACCUUCAAGCCGUAUGUGCUGUAUGUGCUACCAUUUCUUGUUUUCAAUCAUCUAAAUUUCUGGUUACAUGGUGGCAGCAUCCUGUAGACCAGUCGUUCUCAGUGCGCCCCAGGUCAGUAACAUCAGCAUCAACUGAGAAUACUUUAGAAGUGCCCAUUCUUGGGCCCCACCUCAAACCGACUGAGUCAGAAACUGAAAGGUGGGCCCAGCAAUCUGUGUUUUAACAGGUUCUCCAGGUGAUUCUGAUGCAGGCGAUUGUUUGAGAACUGGUGGUUGACCUAGGGGUCACGUUAAAAUGCAGAUUCUCUAAGUAGGUCUGGGGAAAGCCUGGAGAUUCUGUAUUUCUAACAAGUGCCUGGGUGAUACUGAAACUGCUGGUCCACAGACCGUACUUUGAGUAGCAAGGGUGUAAACUACACUUUAGAGCAGUGGUUCUCAAACUCGGAUGCACAUUAGCAUUACCUGGGGAGCUUUUAAAAAAUAGGAUGCCGGGGCCCCACCCCUGACCAAAUGAAUCAGAACCUCUGGGGUGUGGCAGCCAAGUAAAAACUCAGCGGAUGAUUCUAACAUACAGUGAGGGUUCCGAACCACUGGUGUGGGGUUUGGAGUCAGGCAGCGAUGGAUUUGAAUCCCAGCACCUCCGCUUAUCACCUGUGUGACCUUGGGCAAGUGACUUAACUUCUCCCGGCCAUGUUUUCCUCAUUUAUAAAAGCGAGCAGCCGCAGUGUGGAAGAAUGGCAGUGAGCCACUCAGUGAAGGAGCGGACCAUCUCCGAGAACAGCCUGAUCAUCCUGCUGCAGGGCCUCCAGGGCCAGGUCACCACCGUGGACCUGCGGGAUGAGAGCAUGGCCCGCGGACGCAUAGACAACGUUGAUGCUUUCAUGAACAUCCGCCUGGCCCAGGUCACCUACACGGACCGUUGGGGGCAUCAGGUCGAGCUGGAUGACCUCUUUGUGACAGGCCGGAAUGUCCGUUACGUCCACAUCCCCGAUGAUGUGAACAUCACCGCGACCAUCGAGCAGCAGCUACAGGUCAUCCAUCGGGUGCGCAACUUUGGCGGCAAGGGGAAAGGCCGGCGGGAAUUUCCCUCCAAACGCUAUAAGUGAGCCUGUCCCCUCAGCCAGCCCUGGUCCCCACUCAGGUUCCUCCAGAGUUCUACUGAGCCAAAGCCUGCUCUCCCUCCCCGCCCAGAACCUGGGAAGGGAGCAGGGCCCAGCCCAGAAGCUGGUGUCUGACAGACAUCACCUGUCACAGCUGCCUUUCACAGGGUCCCACCUCCCAGACUCACCCUGGGACCCAGAAUUCUAGUUAUCUGUCUGUGGCCUUGGGGUAGAUGACAGUCCCCCCUUUGGAUCAUUAUUUAUCUGAAUCUCUGAUUUACCGGUUUAGGGAAUGUGUCAAAUAGUUUUCAACGCUCUCCCAGUGAGGAUUAUUAAAUGUGCUCGGCCGGAGCAUCCCCAUUUCUCUUG